CAGUCGGUUCGCCUCCGUGAACGCAUAUAUCAAGUGAAGAAGCAAUGUCGUCGACUAGAGGUGAUGAAACGAGUAGCACUCAAUAUGCUUCAUCAAAAUACUGGCACCUACGAAAUUCCUCCAUUAGAAAUUGUCGAUGAGCCUUCGCGAAGUAAAUCAGAUGGAAAACCGACGCCAGAGGAAGAGGAGCGUGCUAAGCAGAAGAUCUACAGCAUAAUUGAUAGUGUAUAUAGUGAAACAGCAAGGAGAAUGCACAUUCCUGCCAAUAGCUGGCGUCUUCUCUUCCAAAUUCUUUCUCCCAAUCAGGCUUGA